GGAAUGUCUGGUGACCCUGGUCUUUAUGGUUUGGCUGGCCCACCUGGAGAAAUCGGUAGAGAUGGGGAACCAGGACCACCUGGGGUUCCAGGACUGGAUGGAGCCAAGGGACAGCGUGGGCCAGUGGGAGUUUCUGGGUUCCCUGGCACAGAUGGGGUCAGAGGAGAUGAUGGAAUCCCAGGCAGAUUUGGUCGUCCAGGAAUCCCUGGUGCUCUAGGAGAUCCAGGUCCAACAGGUGUCCUUGGCCCCAAGGGCAUGGAGGGAGACAUUGGAGAAAAAGGGGCCAAGGGAUACACUCCAUACUACUACUCCUACAAGGGACAUGCUGGGGUACCAGGGGCCAGGGGGCCAGACGGCCUCCCUGGGCUCAGAGGUGAUGAUGGCAACCCUGGAGUCCCUGGAAGAAAAGGUACAACUGGUGAUGAUGGCAGUCCUGGCAAUCAAGGUGUUCCUGGAAGACUUGGACCCAAGGGUGAUGUGGGUGACAUGGGCCCUGAAGGAUUCCCAGGGAGCGAAACUCAGGAGCCACACAAGGGUCAGAAAGGAAGAAUGGGUUACCCUGGAUUUGAUGGCCUGCCUGGUCGCCCAGGACAGAAGGGGGCCCCUGGGGAAUAUGGUGUAGAUGGGCCAAUGGGGAAACAGGGGCCAGCUGGCCCACAAAUCAAUGGCAGCCCAGGAUACCCUGGCAUGACAGGGCCACCAGGUUUGCCAGGCAUGUCAGGAAUACCUGGUGAAGAGGGACCUCCUGGCCCACCUGGCUAUUUUGGCCCCAAGGGCUUGAGAGGAGAUGAUGGACCAGAAGGGCAAAGGGUAAAGGGUCAGAUGGGAGACUUUGGACCACCUGGGCCACCAGGACCUUUGGGUCUCCCUGGUCUCCCAGGGAUUGUGGGCUUUCAAGGAGUGACUGGUGACAGAGGAUACAAUGGACCACCUGGUCCCUUUGGUCUGGAAGGACUCAAAGGAAUUGAAGGAGACGCAGGAGAACCAGGGAGGUUUAGAUUCAAAGGAAUAGAGGGAGCCACUGGUGCCCCUGGCCUAAGUGGCCUACCUGGAAAGUCAGGUGACCUUGGUGCCCCUGGCUUUGAUGGUGCCAUUGGGCCUUCUGGUCCACCUGGCCCAGGGGGUGACCCAGGACGCACUGGUCCCAUGGGCCAGUUUGGGUUCCCUGGGCUGCCUGGUCUGCCUGGUGACCCAGCACCACCACCACCUCCUCCAGCAUCCCAAGGAUUCCCCCUCACUAUCCAUUCCCAGACAAGCUUUGUACCAUCUUGUCCUCCACACACCAAGAAGUUGUGGGAUGGAUACAGUCUCCUGCACAUCAUGGGGGAUCAGAAGGCACAUUCUCAAGACCUGGGCAAGUCAACUCAUUUUUUUCUUCAAUUUUUUCAAGUGGUGGUACCUUACAAUUUGUUGAUGGGAUGUUUACUUGUAAUUUUUCCUGCUUCAGCCACUUUUCUUGUGUUUUUUCCCGCUCUUACUUAUUUGUAUGCAGUUUCCCAUAAUUUGACCAUUUUGCAAUUCAAUGGAUUGCGCUCAAAUUUUAGGGUACCACCUGUAUGCAGAUCCCCGGGCUCGUGUCUGCAGAAAUUCGCUCUGAUGCCAUUCUUGUUUUGUGACAUGAACAACGUGUGCCAUUAUGCGUCCAGGAACGACUACAGCUACUGGCUCAACACGGGCCAGGACAUGCCCAUGAUGAUGCGGGCCCUGCGGCCCGAUGAGGCUGAGAAAUACGUGUCCCGGUGUGUGGUGUGUGACGCCCCCACGAGGGCCAUUGCCCUGCACAGCCAGGAACUGGAUGCCCCAGAAUGUCCAUCUUCCCCUGAACCAGGUUCUUGGGUGGAGCUCUGGACAGGCUACAGCUUUGUGAUGCACACUGAUGCAGGAGCAGAAGGUGGUGGACAGCCCCUGGCCAGCCCAGGGUCUUGCCUGAGAGAGUUCCGCCCCACGCCCUUCUUGGAGUGCCAAGGCCAUGGUCGUUGCAACACCUUCUCCACUGCACUCAGCUACUGGUUGGCCACAGUGGAUGUGCAUGAGCAGUUCCUGAGACCAGCCCCUGGCACCACCAAGGGCAAUGCCAUCACAGAGCGCAUCAGCAGGUGCACAGUGUGUCUCAGGAAUGCAACUCAGUUCUGGUCACCUGACCAUCACCACCACAAUGUGGGUCAAGGGUUUGACACUACUGAUGCCAACAGGUUCAAUGCUGAUGAGGCUGCUGCAGCCACAACAACCGAGUUUUCAUUGUUCAUCCAUCACUGA